CUGGACUCUUGGUUCAGCUGGCCUCUUUGUUCAACUGCAUUAACAGGUGUCUCUUUCAUUGACUGGACUGUUUCAGGUAGAGUCUCCCCUUCAGCUGGUUUCUUUGUUGGGUUGGAGAAUUCUUCCUACAGCUGGAAUUUAAUGCUUCAGCUGGACUCUUUUAAAGCUGCUCAAGGCACUGUUCAUGCGACUGUUCAUGUCUGA